AUGAGCCAAGAGGCCAAAGAUGCUCCGGAGAGAUCCUGCUUUCGCUCGGAAGCCGUCUUACGGUGGCGACUGCGUGAGGCGCAGAAGCAGCUACAGCUGGUGACGGAAGAGCUGAACCGUACGAGGUCCAUGCUCGCGGCGCUGCACCGCGCGGGCGGCCCAGGACGCGUGCUUGGCUCGGAGGAUGGGCAGUUCGGUCGACUGCUCCAGUCGCAGGAGGACCUAAAGUCGGAUCUCUGCAAACUGGCCAGCGCCGCUCUGCGCCGCGACGAUGCUGGUGGAUGUGCCCUGGAGCUCUGGUCGAAAUGGGAGCUUCCCUGGCCACCGCCAGCGCGUAGUGCAUCCAAGGCACCUGCCGCUGAUGCCAAGGCGGCGGGCACAAGCAAGGAUGUGCGGUGCAGAGUGCGGCGAAGGUGGCGCCGCAUACGGCUCUUUGUCGCGUUUGCCUUCGGCCAUGCCCGGCGUGGCACGCAGCCGGCCAACCGAUACCUGGGCUUCCGCGUGAAGGAGCCAUGA